CCUUCGUCCCAUCUUAUUCUCAACCGUGAAGUCUUUCUACUCUGAAACAAAAUGUCCGCAAAAGUCCAAGCUGAGUCGCUUCUAUAUCUAGUGGGCCUGGUGGGCAUGCUAGGGACCUGGGGCCGUUCCGCGCUCGACGGCUCCACUGCGCUUCUCUUACGGGUGCUGGAUGGCUCUAAGCCCUACAUUCUUGCCGGAACCGAGGCCACUCUGCGGAGAACCUUUACUGGCAUUCGCUACCCACUUGAUUGCACUCUUUCGGUGUUGAUUGCUUUCUGGUACGAGGCUGUCGAUGGUUCUCACCCUGCUGCCUCAGCAGUUAGUCUUUAUUUCCUCGGACAGCUGUUGCCGUGCAUUGUCAUCGCCUACGUAAAUGGUGUCCGAGGCGAAAGGCCGAGUCUUUUGAAGUAUUGCUUCCUCUUCCCCGCCAUUGUCCUCAGCUACCUUGUCCCCGCCGCGCUCAUGGCCCUUCCCGUGGCCAGGUCAAUCAGCAACAGCAGCGAUUUCCACCAACUCGCCAUUGUCGCCUGGAACCUCUAUCCCCUGCUGACGCUGGCAUUACUCUACACCCUGCGCCCUCUCCUAAAGCUCAUCACCCCAGCAAGUACCACUCCCGCAACCUCCAAAAAGAACGAAGCACACAUCCACGCCAUCCGAGCCGCCACCAUCCCCGCCUUCCUCUUCAGCACACUGAUGCACAUCUCCAUCGUGGCCGUCUCUAUCACCACCGUUCUCUUCCCGACUUUGUUCCAACCCACCUACCGCAAUGAACUGCACUCGACCGCUAUUUUCAUCCCGCCACUGGCCAUCGGCCCGCAAGCCAAAUCACCGGGUGACGGAGUGCGUGGAUUCUUACUCUGGGAUCAAGUAGCCGGGUACUCGACGGUAAUGACUGUGGUAAUGCUGGAACUGCGGAGUGCCUGGGCGGCGAGGGGGUGGGAGUUUCAGUGGAAGAGAAUGGUUCCUGCUGCGCUGGGAGGGUCGUUGUUGCUGGGGCCUGGGAGUGCAUGCUUGCUUGGGAGCUGGAUUCGGGAUGAAGUGUUGUGUGGAGGGUGGGUUGAGGAGGAUAGGCAGGUGAGGAAGGCGGAGUGAGAGAUUGAGGUCUCCAACGGGUGUCUGGUAUUAUCGAGGGAAACUGGAGAGAGAAGGUCUUAUUACUGGAUGGUUGGAGGGCAUUCGCGGGAAUGAUGCCGAUCAGUCACGUCGGACAGCGACCGGCGCAAGAUAAGCCUCGGAACUCGGAAGGAGAUAAGAUGGCCCGGAACUGGAGACAGGGCAUGUGAACAGCGAAGCUUUGAUCGGCUUGAGUUUGGGAGAGAUUAGUGAUACUGUAUACCGUAAUUCGAAGGGACCUCC